UCGUUCAACCGUUGGUAAAAAUCGGUUUCAACUGGUUUCUGUCAACUGAUAGAUGUUCAACGAGCCAAUGUUUUGGUCGAAACUAGUCAGGUCGUUGUUCAACGGAGCAAGUUGAAAUCAGUCGAAACCAAUCCAGCUCGGCAGCAGGAUUCGUUUCGAGCUGGUAGAAAUCGGUCGAACUCAAUUGGAAAGAGACAGGUGAUCAACUGUCAAUCCAUUACUACUUGUUUCGACCCGUUUCGACUAGAAUCCAUUGAACAGACUAAAUAUCAAACAAAAAAUUGUUCGCGUAAACACGCCAAACAACCGGGAUCUUUUCUUAAAAGUUGUGUAAAUUUUGUAGAAAUCCCGAUUGAAAACUCGAAUUCGGAGGAAUAUGUCCGGGCAAUAUCCAAGCGGCUACCAGAGUCCAAGUGGCCAUCGAGGUAAUUUCAACAGUCCGAUGAUGCAGCAGCAGCAACAAGGCAUGAAUCAAAUGGGUGUUCCAAAUAUGAUGGGUUUCAAUCAAAACAACGUGAUGCAAAACCAGCAGCAAAUGCAAACCGGGAAUAAUCAAUCGGGACCGGAUAUGGGAAUGAAUCAAAACAUCGCCCAACAACAACAACAGCAGCAGCAACAACAAAUGGCUUCCGGUGGCCAGCAACAGGCUACCAAUCCCGGACAGGUGCCCAACAGCCAACAGAUGCAACAAUCCAUACCGGGUCAAGGACAAAACCAGCAACAACAGCAAGCGGGAUCGCAACAGUCUCCUCAGCUGAAUGCGGCCAGUGCCGGUGGUCAACCGGUUGCCGGAAAUGUUGGACCGGCUGGGAACCAGGUUGCGGGAGCUCCGGCAGGUCAACCGGGAGCAGGGCCCAUCGCAAACCCGCAAGGCACAACCAAUAUGCAACAGAAAGAGUUCAAUCUGCUGACGUUGUGCCGAAUCGGCCAGGAAACGGUACAGGAUAUCGUUAGCCGUUUUCAGGAAGUUUUCGGCAUUCUUCGCGUAAUUCAACCUCCGAACGGGACAAACCAGGGCUUAACAUCGAGCAACGAUAAGAAAGCCAAGGUUCAGGAACAGUUUCGCACCAUCCGAUUGCUGUUUAAACGGCUACGGCUGUUGUACGAUAAGUGCAAUGACAACUGCCAACAGGGCAUGGAAUUCACCCAUGUAGAAAGCUUGAUCCCGGUUAAGGAUGAACCGGAGCGAGCCGAACCGGUCCACACCGAGGAGUACAAAAAGGCGCUCCAGGAAAAUCGGGAAUUGAUUGAAAUUGUGAUGCUGAAGAACAAACAGCUUCGGGAGAUCAUCGAUAAGAUUCGGUUAACGAUUUGGGAAAUCAACACGAUGCUUAGCAUGAGAAGGUGUUGAGGUAAGUGAGAUAAUUUUUACAUUUUAGAGGUAGCCAAUAAAUGAACACAUAAACUGAGUGAAAAUGAAGAGAAUCUUAAAUUUGUUUUCUUUAAAUCAAUAUCUAUCAAUAAGUUGAAGGCAACCUAGCUUAUAACAUUACAUGGUUGAAUUUCUUUCUCAAAUAAAUCGACAUCAGUUUGAAUGUAUCCAUCUUUUGGUCUCUGAUUGCACCUGUGAAUUUUAUUCGUUCCACCUUAAUGUCAAAUAAAUAUUACUUAAUUACUUCAGCUUUUUUCGCGAUGAAAAUGAUAAA